UCGGUAUUCAAACGACACCGCGGAGCGUCGUUUGACUUUUGCCAGAUCUUCGCGCGCGGCGAAAGGACGGACACGCGCGGUCCGCGAUGCCGUCGCAGCUCGGCGUGAACGCGCUCGCGACGGGGUUGAGCAUCGGCGUCACCGACAUCGUUCGCGGCGGCGGCAAGGCGCUCAAGCGCGCGGGAAAACGCGCGACGACGACGAAGAAGCUCGGCGCGACGACGGUCCUGACGUGCGCGGCCGCGGCCGCGGUCGCGGCGUGCGCCUCGCCGUCGCCCGCGCGCGCGUCCGCGGCGCCGCCGCCGACGACGACGGUCAAGCCGCCGACGCUCUCGCGCGUCUGGGACUUCACGGCGACGGAGCUCGCGGCGGCGCCGACGAAGCGCGGGAAGUGCCGACGGCGGAAGGGCGGCGGCGGGGGAGGGGGGGACGAGACUCCAGACGACGGCGACGUCGGCGGCGGCGGCGGGAGGUACGACGCCGGCGACGGCGCGGGAGGCGACGGCGGCGACGACUGGCGGCCCGGCGACGGCGACGGCGGCGACGGGGGAUUUAAAAACGGCGGCGGCGGCGGCGGCGGCGGCGGCGAUUGGGGCGGCGGAAGCUACGGCGGCUCCGGCGCGUUCGACGACUUCAGCGUGAUGUUCGCGUGGCAGGCGCUGUGCGGCGUCGCUUUCGGCGCGUGCGCGCAGCACGCGGUCGAGAUCGCCGUGCGCGUCGGCGUCGCCGCGGGCGCACGCGACGGCGAGGACCUCGCGGAGGGCGACGCGUUCGACGCGCGCGGCGCGGCGACGGCGGCGGCGGCGGAUCUCGAUCUGGAUCUCGAGGUCGCCCCCGCGUGGCCGAAGGUGUGCCUCGCCGCGAUGACGACCGCGCACGUCGCGAGGUGCCAGCCCGUGCUGAGCAUCUCCGCGUGCUGAGAAGAGAGGAGAGGAGAAGAGAAGCCGCGCCCGCCGCGCGAUGUACGAGUACCCGGCGCGGAGGCAUCCGCGUCGCUUUCCGUUCGCAACGUUUUAGUAGUUUAGUUUUCCGCCCGCCCGGUCGGGCGCCGCCGUUUGUAUCACCACAUCAACCUACUGUACCU